AUGGCCGCAGCCACUUCGCGCCCUGCUACCCUCCCCACGGCGGCUCUACUCAUAUACCCAGCAACACUAUUAGUCGGGUCCAUAUUCUCGGUCAUCUCACCGACAGCACAUCAUUCCAGAGAUUCGUCUAGCUCCUCACAAUCAUCCGCAAGCCCGCUGGCUCCAUCACUAGCCGCAGACCUGAACCUAUCCGAAGGCCCUGUGAACUACUUCGCCCGCAAGGACAAUGUCUUCAACCUCUACUUCGUGAAGAUCGGAUGGCUCUGGACUACAGCUGCAUUUGUCUCGCUUCUCAUAUUCCAACCCCUCUACGGCUCAUCACUUCAUCCGUCCUCCUCGAACGCAGAAACCCGAUUUCGACGCACCCUCCAAGCCGUCCUCCGCUACGCACUCGCCACAACAGUAUGGUAUCUGGCAACACAAUGGUUUUUCGGUCCGGCGGUCAUUGACCGUGGCUUUGUAGCCACGGGUGGGAAAUGUGAACGGGCUCUUGAGGAAGUCGGCCAAAUGGCCGGUGGACAGCGCAGCCCCACAGACCUGGAAACGCUAUUCACAGCCGCGACUUGCAAGGCAGCUGGUGGCGCAUGGGAGGGUGGACAUGAUAUCAGUGGACAUGUGCUGAUGCUGGUUCUGGCUACGGGGCUUUUGGCAUUUGAGGCUGUCGGGGCUAGCACUCCUGCAAUUUUGUCUCGUUGUGGUUUCGGCGGGGAUGCUGGACGCGAGCGCAAGGCCAGUGAUGCCGAUGGUACUCCAGUCGCCGAUUCAUCUGAAAGUGGGUGUGCGAGGACAUGGUCACUCCGUCUCGUUUGGGGGGUUGUGGGGUUGGGUUGGUGGAUGCUCUUCAUGACCGCGAUUUGGUUCCACACGUGGUUAGAAAAGGUUGGUCUGGUCUGA